AUGGCAACAUUGCGGAUGGUGGCGCUGUUGGCUGCCCUGGCGGUUCUCCUGUCUCUGUCCCGGGCGCAGCAAUUCACUGGUACCCAGAUGUUCACCAACUAUACAGGCCUGAGUACAGACUGCCAGCAGGCAUUGGCAACAAAUGUGACAUGCUCUCCGUAUCUGGGUGUUGUCUCGCAAAACAAUGACGUCGUGACAGCGGAUCAGAUCGAAGAUGUGUGCGUUGAUGACUGCUAUGGCUCUCUGGAGGCUGCCAGAAGCGUCAUCGCGGCCGCUUGUACCCUCGACACAGAUAUCAUCGUUGUCGAGAACGUGGCAUACCCGGCUACAUUCAUAGUGGAUAACUAUCUAUUCACGUACGAGCUGUCCUGUCGAAAAGACAGCACCACGGGUGAAUACUGCGAUCCCCUCGUGGCCUCGUGGUCCAAUCAGUCUCUCAAUACUAGCCAGCUGUGCUCCGACUGCUGGCUAGGAGGGCUUGCGCUGGAACUGAACAGUCCCUUCGGAUAUGAUAGCGUUGUGGCUGUGAACUACGCAUCGCUGACAUCCAGCUGCAAUGCGACCACGUACACCUAUGCCACUCCGACACAAUACGCACUAAACGCCACAGCCACAUCUGAACCGGCGACUGUGACAACAACUCCGGCAUCGAGCUGCACAGGUUCUUAUGAAGUACAAGUAGAGGAUACCUGCAACUCGGUAGCUCAGGCUCUCAACGUGUCUACGUACAGUCUACUCUACCUGAAUAACUUGGAUCUCUAUUGCCUGAAUUGGGCUUCAACAGCGGUCAACUCGAGUCUGUGUAUCCCACCGCAAUGUGAUACCCACGUGUGGCAGGCGACCGACACCUGUGACAGUGUGGUCGGUGGCUUGUCCAAUGUCACUAUUCCGCAAUUCCUGGCCUGGAACCCCAACUUCAAUGCUUUGUGCCAGAACGCCGUCAAUUAUAUUGACUAUGUGGUUUGCGUCGGUCCUCCUGGAGGCUAUCUUAAUCAUACCGCCGACAUGUCAGGCAAUUCCACAGUACAGGAUCCAACAAGUAUCACCUCCGCUGUCCCUGCGCCCACCAACGCCCUGAAAGGAUCUACCACAGAUUGUGGUCUGUGGUAUACAGUUGGAGAAGGAGAUAGUUGCAGUCUGGUCACUGUCGCCAAUGCCCUCUCCCUUGUGGACUUCUACUUUCUCAACCCAGAGAUUGACGCCAAUUGCACCAACCUCGAGCUCGGGGAGGCUUACUGUAUCGCCGCAGUUGGAGACAUUAGCACCUACUCUGGCUACCCAGUCACAACGCCCUUGUUCACUGUGACAACAGCCAGCUUCCCCGCCGUCGAUACAUCAAUUCCCACGGCGACCAGUGAUCCGGGGUUCGUCUACACGCCAACAUAUCUCCCUACGGCCCCGGACACGCUUACUAACUGCCAACGAUACGCCAACUAUGACAACACCACAUAUAACCUCAACUCUUGCAAGUGGGUUGCGUGGCUGAAUGAAGUUACAACGGCCGAUUUCCUCGACUGGAACCCUAGUCUCAGUACUAAUCUGAGCUUAUGUGCCAUGCAGCCAGGGUACAGUUAUUGUGCUAUUCUCAAUAGUUCUUACACAACCGGCAGUGACGACACCAGCAGCAGUGACAGCGGACUUGGCUCUCUCUGCUUGUCCCUCAAUGCCACCGAGUCUACCACUGUCUCAAACUGCAACUGCUUCACCGGUGUCAAUGGCUACGAUAAAGGAGAAUACCAAUGUGCUGAUAUUGAGGAAGACUUCGAUAUCACGGAAGCCCAACUCCUUACGUGGAACCCUUGGCUCGGCACAGACUGUGACACAAAUCUGUACGCUGAUCUUAACGAUACCGAUACUCGUGCCGUCUGUAUUGGGGUGGGUUCAAGCACGUCAACUACGGCCACCACAACCCCUAGUAGUACUACCGCUACUGCUACGUCGGUAGCCCCAACACAAACUGGAUACAUCUAUGGGUGCCAGGAGUUCUUCACCGUCGAGUCGGGAGAUGAUUGUUCGACAAUGGAGACUGAGUUUGGAGUUACUCUUGCCCAACUCUAUGAGUGGAAUCCCAGCAUUGGAAAAACAUGUACGAACCUUUGGCUCGGCUAUGCCUACUGCGUCAAGGGUCCCACGGCCACGGCGAGUAGCUCAGCUGGUGCGCCUACACAGACUGGCAUCGCUUCCAAUUGCAACGAAUAUUACACGGUCGUUUCCGGGGACUCGUGCGCGGCGGUCGAGGGUGCGUUCGAAAUAACAUUUGCGCAGCUGUACGAGUGGAAUCCGGUCAUUGGGUCAGAUUGUCAGUUUUUGGAUGUUGGCUAUGCCAUUUGUGUUGGCGUUUCAUAG